AGGGAGUACCUCCGGUUUGGUCUGUGUGUGGGAGAAGGAGCCGUCAGCUCUGCGGGGUAGACUCUCGUUCUAACCCUGUUCAAAGUAAAGACCGAGAAAAAGAGGCAACGGUUCCUCGUGAACGGGACGGGAGAUGGAUAACAGUAACCGGGCUGUGGUCGUUACAGGUUUCGGGCCAUUUGGAGAGCACACUGUCAACGCCAGCUGGGUAGCAGUACAGGAACUGAAGAAGCUCGGGCUGGGCAGUGAUGUGGAUCUGCAUGUACACGAGGUUCCUGUUGAGUACCAACAAGUCCAGAGUUUGGUUCCUUCAUUAUGGAAGCAGUAUCAUCCACUGUUGGUAGUUCAUGUUGGAGUUUCGGGUAUGGCCACAACUGUCACGCUGGAGAAGUGUGGAAGAAAUCAUGGUUACAAGGGCCUGGACAACAGCAGCUUCUGCCCCGAUUCACAGUGCUGCGUUGUUGGAGGCCCAGACUGCAUCAACUCGAUCAUUGACAUGGAAUCGGUCUGCAAAAGAGUGAAUGCAUCAGGGCUGGGAGUAGCCGUGUCUGUCUCCAGAGAUGCCGGGAGGUAUCUCUGUGAUUUUACCUACUACACCUCUCUGUACCUGAGCCACGGCCGCUCUGCCUUUAUUCAUGUGCCUCCUCUUGGAAAGCCUUACAGUAAAGAAGACCUGGGUCGUGCACUGCAGGCCGUCAUCCAGGAGAUGCUGGAGCUUAUGGACCAAGCUGAGGGGAAGAUUCACUGCCAACAACACUUCCACUAAGUGACCUCCAUAUACCAACUAGCCUCUCCAGCUCUUACCACACAAGAGAAAUUGCACUUAAUCACAAGUAGCCAAACCUCCCCCCCCCUUUUUUUUUAAGCUGUAUCUUUAAUUGUUAAUAAUGACACUUCACAGUAUAAUCUGCUUUCAAAGUUUGUCUUGCUUCUUUGCUUCUUGCUUUGCUAGGCCUGAUUCUGUUACAGUCUCAUUGUAACGUAAGCUUUAAAAGAACUGGAAGCAUUCUGACAUUGGAGCAAAAUGUGAGGAAAAACCAGAUAAACACAGGAGCAAAAUGCUGCUUGUGUUGUUCACAUGCGGACGCAGCAAGUGGUCUCUAAUGUGGCAGAUAUUAUAACCUGUAACCCCAAAUGUGACUCCUAAUAAUGCACCUUAUAGGGGUAGGGUUAUUAAAAUUAUUAUAGAAGACACAUUUGGGGGAAACUGUAAUCAUAAUGGUUCUUUCUCUGAUUUUUUUUUUUCUUACUUGGUCACAAUAGGUUUCACGUAGCACACAUAAAAGUCUGCAUUAUGGAUUAAUAUGAAACAUCCAGCAGUAAACUGCUCAUUUUAUUUUCCUUCACAUAUUCUCCUCUCUGUAUUCUAAAGCUUAUCUGUGCUUUUCUCAUUUAUAUUGAAUUGUUUUCUUGAGUCCUUUUUCUUUAUAAGAAGUUGUAAAUUUGCCUUCUUUGACAAAGGUUAUUUAAAUCAGGGAACGGGUUGGUUCCAGCUCACAUUUCCCCAGUUUGUCGACCCAGUUCUGACAGAAACACCCCCUUCUUUCCACCCCCCACCCCCACUGAGAUCUGGCCCCGGGAUGUGCAAUGUUACUUCACAGAUCUCAUUCAUUGAUUCAGUGGGAUAAUUAUGUCAUACAUCAAGGCUGCACAACUGGAUUUUAACUGUAGAAAGUCUGUAUUAAACUGUAACAGAUUAGUUAUAUAGAGUGAAGUAGUUCAUAUCAUGUAGCCUUGUUGUUAAAGCGCACUUUGGGCAUGACUCUCCCAGACUCACUGGAUGGUGAAAUAGUGACACUUGCUGUGAUUUGUGUCUGAGGAUGCCUGCUGGCUUUGACAUUGCAUAUUUUAUCUUAAACCUUUUGGAAAUCAUUAUUUUGUGGUUGUGCAGCUCUAACUGUUUCCUUGAUUAACUUUCUGUCGUUCCUGUCAUUAAAUCAGGUGUAGCUGCUUAUUUUAUCUGAGAAUCUGAUUUGAUGAAGUUGGACUUGGCUUUCAGUCAGAAUUGGGCCUCCUGUCUUUUCUGUAGCACUUGGUUUCUUUCUUUUCUUGUGUAUUUCAGUUUUACUUGAUCUGGAAUUUGGACAGCAUUUCUCAAGCAAUGUGAAAGCUUCUGUUUUGUUUUUAUUUUCUGUCACUUUAACUUGUGUAGCUUUCUAGACCUCCAUUGUCAACCCUUUUCCUCACGGUGAUUAUGACGUAGAGCAGGAAUGCAUGGCGAUGGCAGUAACACUCCCAGAGUAAAAGCUCUUUUUUUUUUCUUUUUAAAAAAAAAAUUGGAUUGUGUUGUGUUUUGUCAUCUCGAUCACUCCCUGGCUCCUGAGAAUCUGACUGCCUACACCUAACACAGCUUCAGUUCAAGUAAUUUUGGCCUGUAAUCAUUUAUAUACUGCUAAAUACAGUGUUCAUGCCCCAACGAUAGAUCUGCAGUGGUGUGAAAACGUGUUUGCUCGCUUCCUUUUUUUUGUAUGUUUGUCACACUUAAAUGUUUCAGAUCAUCAAACAAAUUUAAAUAUUAGGCAUAGAUGACCCAACUAAAUGCAAGAUGCAGUUUCUAAAUGAAAGUGUUUAUUAUUUAGGGGAACCUACAUGGCCCUGUGUGGGAAAAGUGUUUGCCACCCAAACCUAGUAACUGUUUGGGCCACCCUUACUAGAAACAACUGCAAUCAAGUGUUUGCAAUAACUGGCAAUGAGACUUUUACAGUGCUGUGGAGGAGUUUUGUCCCACUCAUCUUUAUAGAAUUGUUGUAAUUCAACCACACUGGAGGGUUUUAGAGCAGAAACUGCUUUUUUAACUUUGCCUAGGCCACUCCAAAGCCAUUCAGAGUUGGACUUGCUGGUGUGUUUUGGAUCAUUGUCCUGCUUCAGAACCCAAGUGCGCUUCAGCUUAAGGUCACAAACAGAUGGCCGGACAUUCUCCUUCAGGAUGUUUUGGCAGACGGCAGAAUUCCUGGUUUCAUUUAGCACAGCGAGUCUUCCAGACCCAGAGGCACCAAAACAGCCCACCACCAUAUUUUACUGUUGGUAUGAUGUUCCUAUUCUGAAAUGCUGCACAGAACAUUUUCCUAGCUCUCUUGGGGAUGAUCAAGAUGUUUUUGGCAGAUGUGAGAUGAGUCUUUCUCUUGUUUUUGGUCAGCAGUAGUUUUCUCCUGGAACUCUCCCAUGGAUGCCAUUUUUGCCCAGUCUGGUUCUUAUUGUUGAAUCAUGAGCUGUGACCUUAACUAGACAAGUCUGUGAUUCUUUAAUUUUAUUCUGGAUUCUAUUGUGACCUCCUGGAUGAGUCCUUGCUGUUCACUUGGAGUCAUUUUGGUGGGCCAGUCACUCCUGGGAAACGUCACCACUGUUCCAAGUCUACUCCAUAUGACAUAAUGACUUUCACUGUGGUUCACUGGAGGCCCAAAGCCUUAGACAUGGCUUUGCAUUCCUUCCCAGACUUUAUUGCUCAGGUGUUUCUUUGGAUUGUGGCAUGAUGUGUUGCUUUUUGAGAUAUUUUAACCUGCUUCACUUUGUCAGACAGAUUAUAGUUAAGGAUUUUUUUGAUUCAACAGGUCUGCCAGUAGUCAGGCCGGAGUCUAUUUAGUGAAACUGAACUCAGCUUUCCAAAAAAUGUGGUUAAUCGCAGUAAAUUCAUGAUUAACACAUAGGGCAACUACUUUUGGAUAAUUUCUCUCUCUUAAUCAGUGAAAUCAUCAUGUAAAAACUGCAUUUUGCAUUUACUCAGGUUAUCUUGGUUUAAUAGGUGACAAGUAUAACAAAUAUGUAAAACACUUGGAAAUCAGGAAGGGGACAAACACUUUUUCACACCACUGUAUCUAUGUCAUAAUACCUGACACUGUGUAGUGCUUCAGUAAUAAUUAAGCAAGUUGGUGCCAUUAAAUUUGAGUAAAUUGCCGUUUUUAGCUUUGUAUUUUGUUUUAAUGCUGUUCUGUACAUCACAAAGUGAAGCAUGGAGCUGAACAUAACUGAAUUCCAUCUCAGACCUAAACUUUUUUAUCACAGCUCAUUUCUUGGUUGUGGUGUUUCAGAAAUCUCUGAUGUUGUUUUAGGUGCUGAUAUUUUACCUUGUGACUUUGUGUGUGCAGAGAAGUUUAAAAAAAAGAGUUGUGUAAGAACAGAAUUUCUUCUCACAAAAGUUAAAGCCUCAAAUUUACAUGAGGUGACCUCUGACCCCAAACUCCCUCCUGUGCCUUGCUGUUGGUUAUGUGUUUUAUGAAAAGGCCUUACUAAUUCUCAGUGGGUCAGGUCAGAGAUGUAGUACUGAUGCUGUCCUUGUGGCUACCUCAAAAAGUACUUUCUUUUUUUCUUUUUUUUUUAAUAUCAGUGUGUGCUCUACCUGUGUUUUGGGAGUAUCCUCUGAAAGGUAUGCUCUUCAGCUUCAUUAACAAAGCACUGUUACAGUAAGUAAUCCUGGCUUUGUAAAGGAAAGGCUUUGAAAUAAAAGAAGUACAAGUGA